AUGAUAGGGGUGCGAUGCUUCUGCGUCCCCCCGUCACACUUCUCUAGCACUCCCAAGCAUACGAGAGGUGUCUUCGAAUAUGUGCCACGUUCCACAUUGCUGAGAAUCCCCCCGUCACACUUCUCUAGCAUUCCCAAGCAGACGAGAGGUGUCUUCGAAUAUGUGCCAAGUUCCACAUUGCUGGGGUCGGGUGGUGGACAGGACGUGCCUCGGCAAGAAGGCGUUCUACGAAGCGCAGUAGCGCUUUUGCGUUACCUUAUCGGUGCCUCGGCAAGAAGGCGUUCUACGAAGCACAGUAGCGCUUUUGCGUUUGCGGGAGUUUAUCUUAUCGAUGGGGUUGGGGCUUCAACGACGGUUUCCUUGUGGACUAGGCUGUGCGGCUUGCUGAUAGGCGACGGCUGUUUGCAUGCAAGAACUGUCGCGGCACUGGGCAAGAAGGCGUUCUACGAAGCACAGUAG